AUGGCAGCCAAAAAGCGUCCAGCGGUUGCAGGCUCUUCGAAAUCAGCUGGUCGAGCAAGCAAACCUCAGCAGGGCGCGAGGGCGUCCGCAUCGAGGACCGUAUCAAAGACAGCUACGUCGAAGACGGCUGCAUCGAAGGCGAAGAGCUCGCAGACGAGUAAGUCUCUGAAAAAGUUGGGUCUGGACAUCGAGUCCUUCAAGGAGCUUGGCUCCUUUGCCUCGGCAGGGUUGGAGGCCACUCGCCUUGCUCUUGAGAGGGCGUCACAGUCCCUGGCAAACGGCAGAAUUCCUAUAUCGGGGGCCAUCGUGGAGCGCAUGAGCAAUGCCAAGCUUCGGGUUGUCUCGGUCGGCCACAACGGUCGCAUCCCAGCGGAGAAGCCGCUAGCCGAUGGUUACCCAACGGACCACGGGGAGACUGCAGCAAUCCGCGCAAUCGCCGACACGUCAGCAGUGAACUGGGACAAGGUUGUCUUUGCAACAUCGCUCAACCCAUGUGUGAUGUGUACUACAGCACUGACUUGGCUGCAUGGCCUUGGGCUGCGGAACGUCGUCAUCGCCGAGAGCAGCAGCUUCGGUGGUGCUGGCAGUCAGCUGGAACAGCUGGAGGGCAUGCAGGUGCUCAACCUGUCCAAUGCGUAUGCCCAGUCCAUGAUGAAGACGUUUGCCACCCGUUUCCCCUGGGAUUGGGCUGCAGACAUAGGUGAGAUACCACCCAAAGACUUGGAGCUCAGCACGCGAUUGCUAACCCAAAGUUGGGAGUUGCGCCUCUUCGUAGACAGGAUAUCGGAAGAACUGACGAAGCUCAAUCACACUGCUGCUGUCAUUGAUCCGCACGGAGAAAUCCUGGUUUCAUCCGCCGACGAGCGCGAGGAGAGCGGCGGGAACGAGACGCGCUCGGCCGUGAUGCUGGCACUUGGCCGGGCUGGAUCGAAGGUGAACCUUCGGGAGUGCGUUGUCUUCUUCAUGGGUCCCUCGGCAGAGAUCGCGGACUUCGGGACAGUGUCAGCCGGGGCUUGUCAACUCUUCCGGCCAGCAUUGGUUGUCACGACCGCGCCGCCUUCCUCCGAGCUCGAGGACCGACUCCUGGCAUACCAGGUGCCGGUCAGGUGCUGCCGAGUUGAGAAGCCUGUCUUCUUGGAACUGUCAGACCAUCAGCUGCCCUUGCAUGCUCGGCAUUAUGCUCAGCAAGAGCCAGUGAAAAGAGCAGUUGUGGCAGAGCUUUCUUGGCUACCGAACUCCGUUUUAGUUCCUUGCACUGCUCUGGUGUGCUUUCAUGAUGAAGUUCCUGUCGCGUUUGUGCAUCCUUGGUUCGGCUGGGACAUCAAUUUCGUGGAGAGCGUAUGGCGAAAAUACGCAGAGCUACGGAUGCUUGGAGCCGGAGAUGGCGUGGAUCUACCGACAGCCCCUAUGGAGGAUGCAUCCCUGCUGCAGUCGCGAUUCCGACAGCGCUCCAGGAGCAAAGCGCGCGAAGCGCGCUUGGCGCGGAAACAUCCCUUCCAUUUGGAUCGCCACGACCAUCAUCAUGCGAAGAUUGUGGACACAGCAGACUACCGUGCCGAUGCCGCGGCCUUCUUCGAGAAAGUGAAAAACCAAUCGCUCGAAGAGCGCUGUCCACAUCUGCACAAGAUGACACUAAAUCAAGUGCACAAAGAAUGGAACAGGAUGUUUGCCGAGCUGGAGAAAACCACCGGCAACAUGACUGCCAAAAAGAAGCUCGCGGCCAACUACGACUUGCACUUCGAAUUUAACAGUGUGCUGGCAGAAGAAAUGCCGGUGCUUGUGACGGGGCACGUUCCGAAACAGCUUGGCUGGGAGGCCGCGACGCAUUGGGGAAGGGAUGAGCUCUCGAAGCAUAUGGGCAGCUUGCCGUGGCAGAAGCUUGCUGGCUGCAGAUUGAGACUGUUCGCGGGCAGGCUUGGCAUUCAACGGGUCAUUUCGGGUUUCCAGACAGAGGAGUGCUACGAAUUGUCUGAAGCGGUGCUUUUCCCUGCAUUUGCAGCUCAACGCCAGUCGGCACCCUGCCCUUCCAUGUCCAUCCCUCUGUACAUCGAGCCAUGUGCUCUUGAGAAUGCUUUGUCGAAGUGGUUUUCAUAUCCAAACCUCAGUGCAGCAAUUCACGCUUGCGAGUUGUUCACAUUUAAUUAUCCGGAGUGGCUGAUCGGAAUGGACCAGUGGGAGUCCUUGGACGAUUAUGUCAAGCACAAUGAAAGCUCUCAGAACAUCUUCCUCUUUGCAAGUGAGGGAGGCUGCUCCGAAGAAGCCAAGCUUAAGAACUCUGUGGAUGCAAUCCGGCGGCAGUUUGCUCCGAGCCCCGACUUUGCCUUCGGCCCGGAGGAUUGCAUGGCCAUUGUGGCGAUCGACGCGCAGGGAAGCUCCCACGGCUUCCACAGCCACGACCCGGUCUGGAACGUUCAGGUCGAAGGCUACAAACAGUGGUGGCUGCUUCCACCCAACUACGUCUCCAGCGACACCUGGCCGGAGGGUGGGCAGAAGUGGGGUGCAGCACCACUGCUCCCAAGUGGCGAGGCCUUCCAGUACCCCAACGCCUGCGCGAUGCUGAACCAGGCGACGCCUCCACCAGGUACACUGACAUGUGUGACCGGACCUGGUGAGAUGUUGCUUCUGCCUGACGAGUGGAUCCAUGCCACUUGUGGCCUCACAGAGUUCACUGCAGCUGCUGGUGGCUGGCUGGCCUACCACGACGACUAG